UACAGAGCCUACAGUAUACACAUGUCAAUCAUAUUAAGUAGGUGGUUAUUGUUCAUGUGCUUAAUUACCAUUCCUCAUACGACUAGCCUAUCCAAUGAAAAUUGCAACAACGACAGAUAUGAUGAGAGUAAGGGAUCCAACAAUGAAGACGAGUGUGAUGGAACUGGAAAAACGGAACAACCGUCGCUGAAAUACAAAGAGAAGGAAGGGACAAAUGAAUGGAUGUCGCUUCCAGAAAAUGAAAAACAAUUAUAUGAUUUGUUUCGCAGUGGUAAAGGCCAUCCUGCAAUGGAGAUGGCUGAUGCUGCAAUGAAAAUGAAGAGAUCACCAAAUCAAGUGUUUCUUUUGCUUGUUGGGUUAAGUGGCUCUGGGAAAAGUUCGACAGUUAAUUACCUGUUCGAAACAAAUAUUGCAAAAACGGGCGGGAGCAAGUCAGAAACCCGCUCGACAACUGAAUAUAAAUUACAGUUGAAAUCAACUGAAUGGAGAAUUCCAGACCUUACGCUUUCGCUAAUAGAUACUCCGGGUUUUGGUGAUACCGAUGGCUUUGAGCAAGAUGCCAAAAACAUUAUGUCUAUAAAAUAUUUUCUCAACUCUCAUCCAAACUUGCGACAAAAUAGUUAUCCAAAUUUGGUGAUGAUAGUACAGAGUAUUAAUGACAACCGAAUAGAAGGAGAAAGCUCCAACUUUGCUAAAAUGUUAAAAGGAUUAAGCCAAAUUGGCGCGAUUGACCAUUACAAUCCAAAUAUUGUAAUUGUUCUUACGCAUGCUACAUCCAUUGCUCGGAAUCCAAAAAUUUGGGAAGAAAAAGUAAAAAAGAAAAAAGAAGAAGUUAGAGCAAUUGUUCGACUUUAUCUAGGGAUUAAACCAGAGAUCGUGGUUCAAGAAAAUUUGCCAGAAGAGAGCGAUUUAGAACGCGAUGGCGAUUGGCAUCUGUUACCUAAUGGCGAAAAGCAGCCAAAGAUACUCUAUCAAGCAUGUAAAAGAAUUUUCAAUAGAGCGGGAGACAAAAUAGGACAUGAAGCCAUUGCAAUAGGCUUUAGGCAUAGUAUGAACAAAAGUGUUGUUAAGGGAUAUAGGUUUUCAUCAUCAGAGGUUACAUCGAAAGAUGCAGAUGAAAUGCGUACAAUUUUAAUUCAGUCGAUAGUACUGAUACCUUCUUCUUCUGAGGUAGGUACCAUGCUAGAGAAUUACAAGAAAAAGAAAAAUAUGAUAGCUCUUGAUAACGAUAUCUUGAUACUUCAAGUAAAAUUUCGGGAUCUUCAUAUUUCAAAUACCAGUGAUCUACAGACCAUGACAAUGAACCAAUUAAUGUCGAAAUUUCAUCCACUUAAAAUCACAUCUGAGAUGCAAAAGAUCUUAGGAGAUGUUUUUGGUUUGCAUUAUAAACAAGUAGUAGGGAUUGACUACCAUGUUGGGAAAGGUUAUAAUAUUUUGACUGAUUCAGUGACACUGAUGUCACCGGUAGUGAUGGAAGAACAUAGCGACCAGUAUGGACUACCCGUUAAUGUACAGGUAAAUGAAUGUUCGGUGUUCAAAAUCAUAUUUGAUUCUGUAAAGGAUACCAAGGAAUAUAUAAGUGAAAGACUAAGAGAAUUACACAUAAAUCUUGGUGGAUUAAUAAAUUUUAAGGCCUUUAACAUAAAACUUCGAAGUGGUUACAGUGAAGAAAGCUCAAAAAUUAAAACAUUUGCAGUUGAACAUAGAAAUCGGAAAGUAACAGUAACACAGCCAUUUCAAAUCAAAAUAGAUUUUAAAAAUGAUGUAAGAGCUCUACCUGAAGACUAUGCCCUAAAUAAUGAAAUUAAUGUGAUGAAGUGGAGAGCUUUCUUCGAAAAGUGGGGAAUGUAUGUCGUGACUGGUGCAUACAUAGGAGGCUCCUUAACUGGUCGGAUCAAAAUUGAAGCUGAACAGUCUUUUGAAGAUACUCACAUAGGGUUGGAAACAAAAUUCUCAUUUCUAAUGAGAGAUGAAGAAAUAGAUUAUUCCAAAGCAGACAAAGAAAGUAGUUUUCACAAAGGUUCAUCUGCCGUUCAUUCAAUGUCAUUAGAAUGGAACGGUGGUAUCAGAGAAACGCACAAGACAGCUUUAGACAAAAUAGAUCAAAGUGAUUGGAAAGCCUGGAUUGAAUCAUUAGAAUAUUCUCCUGUUCCUCUAUGGAAUUCUCUUGAUUUGUAUCCCAUAUAUCACAUUGCAUCAGAAAUAAGUGAACAAAAAGGUAUAAUGAUGCAAAAGGCUAUGAGUAUAGCUUUAGUUGACAAGUUCAUUUAUGAAAAUCCAAAAGCAGAAGAAGAUAAUAGGGAAAAUACUGCUAAAUCAGAAAAAUCUGGUUAUUGUUUUCAUGAAGAUUCUGUUAUACUGCUCAAUAAUGGGAGAGAUAAACGUAUAAAAACCCUUACAGUAGGUGAUAGGGUUCUCGCAUUGGACGACAAAGGUAAUCUUGUGCAAGAUGAAAUGAUUGCAUGGCUGCAUCUCCUAAGAACUGGUAUAUUCAAAUUUCUUAAAAUAACCCAUGACCUUGGAGAAAUCAAACUAACACCUGAUCAUGUUAUAUUUGUUGGAAAAAACAGAAAUCCACAACAUGCCUCCACUAUCAGUCCAGGAGAUAAACUUAGCUUUUUAAAGACUUCACAUGACAGUAAAACAGUUUCUUUGGUAACUGUGUUAUCAAUACAGACAGUGAAUGGAACAGGAGUAUAUGCUCCCUUGACCUUCAGUGGACGCCUAUUAGUUGACAAUGUUGAUGUUAGUUGUUAUAGUACCCUGGACCAUCUACAAGUCAUGGGUCAAGAUGUAAUGUCAUCACAUGCACUUGCACAUGUGGCUUUCCUCCCGUUCAGAAUGGCUUUUAAAUUUGGUUUGGACAUCAAUAAUAAUGAAUAUGAUGACAGAACUGGGAUUCAUGGCUACGCAAGAUGGUUAAUGAAGUUGUACUGGACUUAACAUAUUAAGUAAAGGUAGCAUGUACAUGUACACAAGACGUUUGGGUUAGUUAAUAGUUACGUAAAACUUACUCAUUAAUCGUGAAUUUAAAUCGUCAACUUACGUGCUCUCUGUACAAACUAAUAUUUAUGUGAGCAAUUUUUUUUAAAGUGUAAAUGUUGACAAUUUUUAACGAUAAUAUUUGUUAAGCAUUGAUGUUCUGUGUAAGUUGUAAAAAUUCUUCAUUAGAGUGUCUAAUAAACAUUUAAGUUAUGUUUUUAAAAAUA